AUGUCUUUCUUUCCUUUCUUUCUUUCCUUCUUUCUUUUAGCCACCCAUCCAUCCAACAGACCAUCUAUCUAUAACAUCCAUUCUUUCUUUCUUUCUUUCUUUCUUUCUUUCUUUCUUUCUUUCUUUCUUUUAUCCAUCCACCCGUCCGUCAUUUCUUUAUUUCUUUCUUUCGUCUGUUAUACAUCCAUCCAUCUUUUUCUUUCAUCGUUUCUACGUUUCUUUCUUCCUUUCUUUUAUUCACCCAUCAAUCCAAUCGACCAUUUAUCUAUAACACCCAUCAGAGCAUUCAUUCAUUCAUUCAUUCAUUCUUUGUUUCUUUCUUUUAUGCAUCCAUCCAUCCAUUCAUCCAUCCAUCCAUCUUUUUCUUUCAUCAUUCUUUCUUUCUUUCUUUCUUUCUUUGUUUUAUCCACCUAUCUAGCCAUCAUUUCUUUAUUUCUUUCAUUCGUCUUUUAUACAUCCAUCCAUCCAUACAUCGUCCAUCUUUUCUUUCUCCUUUCUUCCUUCCCUUCCAUCUUUCUUUUGUCCACCCACCCAUACAACAACCAUCUAUCUAUAACGCCGAUCCUUUCUUUCUUUCUUUCCAGACGUAUAACGAAAAAACAGGAAAAAAUCUUCUUACCUACAUCCGGGUUCUUUACUUUUUCUUCUUACACUGCCUCCCCUUUCCUCUGCUAUCUCUUCCUCCACCUUCUCCUUCUUCUCAAAAUAUCUCCUCAUAACUUCUUAUCUAGUCAUAGUUUCUUCAUUAUUCUCCCUCUGAUGUCUCCUCUCCAUCCCCAUUUUCUUUUCUACCCAUGGGCUCUUCUUCUUUUCUUCAUCUUCCUCCACUCUCCUCCUCUUCCUCUCUCUUCUUUUUCUCAAAUGUAUAUUCGUAUUUCCAUAACCAGACUGUUGAUUAUCUAUCUAUCUAUCUAUCUAUCUAUCUAUCUAUCUAUCUAUCUAUCUGAGACUGUUGAUUAUCUAUCUAUCUAUCUAUCUAUCUAUCUAUCUAUCUAUCUAUCUAUCUAUCUAUCUAUCUGGAAUAUGUGGUGGAACAGCUAG